UCUGCCCUGCACGGAGCGGCUGAUGGGUUAGCAGCCACCUGCAGGGCUGAGGCGCACGCAGUCUGCGUUGUAACAAGCUUGCCCAUGUCUCGCUCGUCUGGCCCCAUUGAGGUGGAGAGGAAGUUUGUCCCAGGGCCAGGUGUGGAGGACCACCUCCGUUCUAUGGGAGCAGAGUUGCAAGAUGAGAUGGUGUUCCAAGAUUCCUAUUACGAUACCCCAGACCUGCGCCUCACCCUGGCUGAUCUAUGGUUGAGGAGAAGAGGAGACACCUGGGAGCUCAAGCACCCACCUGUGCGAGGGGCACGGGGAUUAACCGGCGCCUCCACCCAAUACCAAGAGCUGAACUGUGAAUCAGAAAUUAGGCGCAGGGUGAGUGAGGAACUAGGUGUCCCAUGUCCUCCAAGCUUGGAAAAUCUGGACCUGGAAGAAUUUGCGAGAUUUGUGACAACAAGGCGUAGGUUCCUGCUAAGCCCACAAGAUGGUUCUGACUUUAAAGCGGUGGUGGUGGAUUUGGAUACGACCGAUUUUGGAUUUGCCGUGGGAGAGGUGGAGGUUCUGGUUCAGACGCAAGAAGAGGUGCAAAACGCCAUGAAGAAAGUGGAGGAUAUCUGCAGGCAACUGGGCGUGCUGAGCGAGUCUCCAGUUCCAGGUAAAAUGACAACGUUUCUGCAGCGGAAUCGUGUUGAACAUUACAGGCAGCUGCUGGAGGCCCAUGUGCUUUAAAACCCGUUCUGCCACUCUUCACAGCACGCGGAAUGCGACCACUACUCUUACAGUUACGUGCCCUUGCAUGCCUUGUUUUCAGGUUUUGGCCUGACUUGGUAAUUAAAAAUAUUGUAUUAACCCUUUUCUACUCGAUUACCACAUCAGCAGACUCUUUGUAUAAAAUACCAUUAACCCGAAAUUUUAAAAAAAUGUUCUGGAGUACAAUCCAA